AUGCAAGUAAACACUGAAGAUAUCACUGUUGCCUGGGGACAACAGCCACAUCAACUCGAUUCGCAAUAUGGAAAAUGGCGUUUGGCGGUCUUCCAAGAUGUGCAAGAAUCAAUCGACGGUUCAAAACUCUACUUUUUGUAUGAUCCAAUGGCUGAUGAGCAAAGUGGAACUAGUGGACAACGCAAAGGAUAUCCGGGCCUCAUCAUAUUCGAUGUCAAUUUGAGAUGUUUCGCUGGCGAGAUUUCGGUUCAUUCUCCAGGAAAAAUGAAGUUUUUGUUUGCACUUCGAUGUCCAUCACCACAAGGCGGAAGUUCGUUUGUUUUGGUGACUGAAGAGGAAAACUAUGGACAGAUUCGUUUGAAUAUUUCGAGAAUUGAUUUGGCGCAAGAUGGAUUGUCGAUUGCCAAUGUUCGACCAAUUAUUAAUCAACCAUUGGUGAUUGGUGGAGAAUAUAUUUGCUCAAUGCGCGAUGAUGCUCCGGAAAUUGUUGUUAUGGCUAAUCCAGGACUUCACGUAAGCACUUUUUUAUAAGGGACUUUUCUGAUGUUUUUAAAAGCUCGGGUUUCUCAUCUUCAUUAAUCAAAAUUCCAGAUUUGGCGCGUUGAUUGUAUGGCUGAAACUGCUCAAGCACCAAUUGCUGAUUUCAACGUGCCUGGCGCAGAACUUGAUCACUUCUAUGAUGGUUUCUUGAACAAUGGAAAUGUGAUUUUCCUCUCUGCUACUCCAGAUGGACAUUUCGAUAAUACUCGUGUUCAUAUUCUCAAUCUUAACAAUCCACAACAUGUUAGUGUUUUAUCUUUAUUUUUUGUCUAAACCAAACUAUUUAUCGAUUUUCAGAUAACUUCUCAAAACACAAGCGGUGAUCCAUCUCGUGGUAUGCCAAUGCCAAGAAAACAAUGUGGUUUUGACUCGGUUACCAGUAAGUUUUUUUUAAAUCAGAAGCUGAAAACCCUUUGUGGACAAAAUAUAUGUUUUAGAAAAUGAAUCCAAUUUCAAAUUGGGUAUGAUUUUUUAGUGAAACUUUUUUUUUCUUAAGCUAACAGUUUUGUGUGACAUUCUACAUAUUCCAAAAUACAUUCAAAUUUUUUCAGAUGCGAUUUUGAUGGCUGGCGGAGAAAUCGAUAGAGGAUAUGGAAAUGUUGAGCGUCUUGUUGAUUAUUGGGUUCUUGACACAAGAACUUUCCAAUGGAUGCAGGUUCCAUCUCAAAUGCCGUGUCCACUCAUCGAGCCAAGAUUGACUUCAGCAAACUCUGGAAAUAUUUAUGUUUGGGGAGAUUUUGAUCAACCGCUUCCAGGAAUGCCACCAAAUGGAACGCAUUUGAGAAUCUUGAGAGUUACUGGAUUGGAAAAGGCUAAUCAUCCACCUGGUUAUACACCAUAUCAAGCGCCAGCACCACCAGCUUAUCCACAUUUGGAUGACAGCAAAUCGAAUCCACCAUAUCCACCAGCAGGAGGUAAUCAAGGAGGUUACCCAGGACAAAAUCAAGGAGGUUAUCCAGGACAAAAUCAAGGAGGAUAUCCGGGACAGAAUCAAGGAGGAUAUCAAGCUUAUCCACAACAACAAGCACCACCAUAUCCAUCUUAUAAUCCAAAUCAAAAUGCUGGUCAACCACAAUAUCAACAGCAACAAAACCCACUUCCACAAUAUGCUGGAGACAAUUCUGGAACUUAUCAAAAUACUCCAGAUGGUCAAACUGCUUUUUAUCCAAACAAAAAACAAAAGAAGGAUUGUUCUAUUCAAUAA